AUGGCUAACAGGUACCCGUCCACGGCGGCGUUCAGCCAUGAGACGGCGCUAGAAUAUCUGCUGCUGGCGCCCAAGAUCGUGAGGGAGCUUCAGCCGAUGCACUGGACCUACAUCGACGGCCCGCCAGACGGCACCGUCAUGCUGACAUGGCAGCCGUUGAACCACCUGGGAACCAACUUCGCCAGUGACGGCUACGUCUGGGCUGACGUUGAGCAGGCCUACACGGCCGAAGUGCGCGGCUAUAUUCUCGAGGUAUACAUGCACCGGACGGGGUACCACCCGCCAAACGAGAACAUGGCAACACACUCGCGGCGACGAUUUCGACUGGUCGGCCUCAAGACGCCCAAUCCGAGUCUCCCACCGUGCGAUCCGUCUCUGUGGAUUGUCUGGUACAGCAAAGCACCCUCCAUCGACCAGCUUCCCGUGUCGCGCAUCCCCGUCUCCCCCCAGACACAGAACGUCCUUGGCCAGCGCCGCUACAUCCAGAGCCAGGGACAGCUGGCCAGGAAGGAGUUCAUGCUCCACGACAGGAACAACUGGCCCACGAUCAACUUGCCCCCCCACGGACAGCAGCAAGCCUAUCCGCAGGCUUACGCUGCGCAGAUGAUCGCCCGCCAGCAGGCUCCCCACGCGCCCAUGCAACAGCAGCCGGUCGUCGGCUACCCUGGUGUUCAGGCAAAGAUCCCGCGCACCCAGCGAGGGCCCGGACCCGCGCCUGGGGUGCCUGCUGUCACGGACUUUUCUCUAGACGAUGAAGAAGUGUCAACGGGAGACAUACUCGAUGCGCUCACGCCGAGAGACAUCAGUCGCAUGCGCUACCGGAACCACCACGAAUGGAUGGAGGAGAUCUUCGCUUCACCUUAUCGGAUGGACCAGAUCCUGCCUGUCGACCUUGGACUCGGCCGUAUGGGUGAGCUGGAGAGCCUGACAAAGGGCUAUUUCUACACUCCUGGCACGUUGGCAUCCCAGCGCAAAGAUCCCAGAGAAGGCAGCGAUGGACCACCGCCAGCUACCAGCAAGAUGGACCCCGAGAAGGCUGAAGACUUUGCCAGCGCUGUCGCCAAACGGUUGGCCGAGAUGAAUGCGGAGAUGGAAAGCAUGAGAAAGAAGCAUGCCCGCAAGCUGGAGAAGAUAAAGAAGCUGUCGGCCUUGAGGGAGGCCGAGUUGAACCUUCGAGACGCCGCCAUCGACCCGUCGGACGUCGGUGAUGAGAUCUGGAGGGUUGAGGGCCGUCUGCGCCCAGAGCACGAGGAGGGAAUGUCGCCCGUCGACUACAGCGACAAGCCGCUCAAGAAGAAGGUAGAUGACAUUGUCAACGGGCUACAGGCCAGCUGGGGGAGGACGGUUGUCCCCAUCACCGAGAUCAAGUGUCUGGAGAAAGGGGGACUACAGGAGCGGGCAAAGCAGGCUCCUCCGCCUCCUCCCGAGCUCGCCGCACCAGAGGCCAACCUGAUCAGCACAGCACCCUAUGCUCAGUAUGACAGAGCAACCAGUUCCACCGUUGAAGCGGAGUCUGCACAAGACGUCCCUACAUCAACGGCCUCGCAGCCGAUGCCAUCACCGGCCGCACCGCCACAGCCCUCCGCUGCGGCGCCGCAGACCAGCGAAGACGUGGUCAUGAGCGGUGUCGACUCUGCUCCAUCACAUGCCGCCUUGGCCGAAGGAGAUGCAGACUGGGUGAUGGUGAAUAAUAGAGAUGGCCAGGCAUCCUCCUCGUCUCCAUCCAAGGUCGUCGGUCCAGGGGUAAACGCAAACCCACAGCAGCCGGCUGGUGGAGCGCCCAACACAACUCUCCAGGGGACACCAGCUCCCGUCCUCGCCGCAGAUGCUACAACGUCCGGAGCCACGCCUGGAACCACGGGGGAGUUUGAAGAUGACAACAUCAACACCGCCGGCGAAGCUCUGGCGGACUACCAAGGAGACGUCGGCGGCCUUGACAUGGGCGGCCUAGACGACUCUGCGUUUGGCGACGCCUUCCAUGCUACCGAAGGGACUAUGGGGGAGCACCAUCAUGAGACGGACGAGAUCGCGUAG